AUGGCCCCCAAGGCAGUACCGAAACCUGCAGCCAAGAAGAAAAUGAAUUCCACUACUAACAUACUCCCGAGCACCGGAACAAGAGCUCCUGAAGACGGCAAAAAGGAUGGAGAGGAAGUCAACAGAUGUACCGAUGAUGGAAAUGGCUCUUCAGAAAAGGUAGAUGAUGUUGUCGAGUCAUUGGUAUCAGAAGUAAUUUCGAAAGCUGAAGCUGAUUUAGUUGAAGGCUCGAAGGAAGUCGCAGCCAGUAUUGGAACUGAAAGGCGAUUGUCGGAACCACCUCAUCGACCGGACGACAACGGUGCCGUGGAAGAGAGACGUCGUCGUAUCGAGAGAGGCGAUUCGGAGGCUUAUAUUGAAGAAGUACUCAAACACGUCUUCACUGCUCCAACAUCUACUAUCAUUCCCACGAGGCCUAAGAGUGCGUCGGUAGUUGUUGUAAAAGCUGCGGCCCCAACCUCAGACAAGUCAUCGAAGCCACCAAGACCAGUGAAGAUGCAAGAACCUCAGCGAAAUACGGCAAGCCCUGCUUCGAAACCAGUGACCCUUGCAAAGUCCUCGACGAAAACCCUUGCUGAAAAACCGGAUUCAGUGAAAAAAGAAGAAGCAAAAAGAUCUGCUGCUAAAAAAUCGGACCCAGUAAAAAACGAAGAAGCAAAAAGACCUGCAGAAGUGUUGAAAUCAUCUGUCCAAGGGCAGGAGCAAGAACAGAAGCAAGCGCAGCCGCCUGCCAAGACAAAGAUGGCCAAACAACCUUUGAAGGCUGACUCGAAAAAGAUUCCAACCGGGACUGAUACUCUGAAGAACGAUCCAGUACUUGCUCCACUGAAGGAGGAAACAAGUGAUGCUGGUCACAUUGAAACUCGUAACUCAAAGGCUCCACUACGGCAAAGCAGCACCAGUAAGUUGCAGAUGAGCGUCAGCAGUAAACGUCAUGAUGUGAAUAGCCAAAAAGGUGAUGAAGCAGCUGUCACAGCGGCUGCUCUAACGAAAGGAGAUGACAGUCGAAACAAAACGAGUAAGCCGACGGCUCCGAUUAAAGUAGCUGUGAAGUCCAGUGCUGCUUCAACCAAAACGAAUGUAAAGAAUCCUGUAGCCGUGAAAAGAGCAGCACCACCUACAAAAGCUUCAAAGCCGUGA